AAACAGAUUUACUCAAGCAUUCAGUUUACACAAUUUCAUUAACAAUUAAGCAGUUAAGGGUCAGUGCUAAUGCAGCAGUUAUUGAUGUAAGAUAUGCUAUUAGGUUAAUUGAUUUUUUUGUGAUUUAUUUUUUUAUUGAAGUUCAUCAAGCAAACAUUUCCAUGAGAUGUAUUUCAGACAUUGUACAUAUAUAUCAAAUAAUCAUAUAUAUCACAAAAUCUCUACAAAGUAAGAAUGGAAAGAAAAAAAAGCAAAAGGAAAGAACUAUGUACAAAUAGGGAGUGAUCUUUUUUUUUACAACAGAUUCAUUGAUUUGUGGGAAUAAAAUCAGGCCUAUGAGGCAUUAUGUAGUUAAACCAUUUUUCCCAGUAUGAAUCAAAUUGUUCCAGCUUAUGAUUAACAGAUGCUGUUAUCUUCUCCAUUUUGUAAAUGUCCAUUGUAAUUUCCAUCCAUGUACUUAAAGUUAGGCUCUUCUGUGAUAACCAUUUCCUAGCAAGAGUCUUUUUACCAACCACCAACAAUAUAUUCAUAAAUAUUUAUCUUUUUUCAACCAUUCUUGAGGUAUAUAUCCAUAAUAUAUGGUCUUACUCUCCAAGGGCAUUUCACAUUUAAAGGUGUCUUGUAGGGCAUUGAGUAUCCCCCUCCAAUAGUUUUUGAUAACAGGGAAGUCCCAAAAAAUGAUAAUGAUUUGCAUUUUGAUUUCCACAAUUUCUCCAGCAAACAGGAAGGUUACUAUCAUGAUGGGAUUUCUGAGAGGGUGUAAUAAAAUACCUUAUCAAGUUUUUCCAUCCAAACUCCCUCCAUUUCUGUGAACUGGUAUACUUCCAUUGAUAUCUCCAUAUUAUUGUCCAUUCUUCCUCAGAUAUAAUUAUCCCUCCUUCUUUCUCCCAGUUUGUUUUAAUGUAUGAAAUCGAAUGUGUUUUAAGAUUUGACAACCCCUUAUACAUGCUUGAAAUGAUUCUACUACCAUUAUCUGAAUUAUAUGCUUUUCUAAAGAGCUCUAUCAAGCAUGUAUUUGCCUUAGUUAAUUUUUAAGUGUCUUAUUAACAUAUUGUCGCAUCUGUAAAUACCGAUAAAAAUCUUGUUUUUCUAAUAAGUGUUUCUCUUCAAGCAUUUCAAAACUGAACAGUGUUCCUUCUUUCAUUAUGUUGCAAAGAACUGUUAUUCCUUUAGCUGUCCAGUCCUUAAAUCUAGCAUCCAAUUUAUUUGGGGUAAAAUUCCAGUCAUAUGCACACCAUUUAAGAAUUGCAAUAUCUCCCUCUAGAUUAUAUUCUUUUACAGUAGUUUUCUAUAUUUUAAGAGUCAAUUUCACCCAUGGGUUAUCAAUAGCAUUUAUGUACCUUUGCAGGUUGUCAUCAGCCAAAAUUCCUUGUAUGGGGAUGGGAAAUACCUGCUCCUCAAUGUUUUUCCAUUGAGUGUCCAUUGGGAUGCACCAACGUAUCACAACUCUCAACUGUGCUGCAAAAUAAUAAUCUCUAAGAGAAGAUGUAUUGAGCUAAUGGUUCCAGAUAUAACGCGAAGAGUAGCGGUGACCAUGCACAACCCUUUCUCGGCAUCCCGAUGGUCAGUUUGACAGAUUUUGAAUAUGAUCAAGUACCUGAAGCCGUAGGAACUCAACAUGAAAGAAUCGAUCCCCGGGGGCCCAGACCUUAUGAUGCUGGUUCUGAGCCACCUGAAACAAUUCAACAAGUCCCUAGUAGAAAUGAACCAAGCGUUAGAAGAAGCAGGUUCCAGACUCCUACCAAAACCCAAGCACAAAAAGCUAGUCAGAGGACAUUCGACAAUGACAAAGGAGGAUGCCUCUUCAUCGGCAAUGAAAUGGGAGUGCUAUGCCCAAAUGGCUGUGAAUUGAGGACUGCUCUUUUAAAGGAUGAACAAAAUAUGAUGCCAGUUAUUGAAAACUUAAAAUUACAAGUUUCAAAUCUUUCCCGAUCUUCAAAAGCAAUUAACAUUUAUGUAGAAAGAGUAGAUAAUGAAAUGCACCGGCGUGAAUCUCAGUAUCUGGGUAACAGUCAUGUAUUAAGUUCAUACAGUACAGAACUGGAGGAACGUUUUUCAUUGAUAAAAGAAAAGGUUACACAAACACUCCCUUCUUCGAUUCGUGUUAUGCGUUCCCUGGUGGACAGUCUCAAAGAGAAACUGAAAAAUCUUGAACAUGCAGUAAUGAUGCAGAAGGAAUAUUGUACAAAUCCUUGUGUAGUUUCCUGCAACAUACCAGUUGUUUCAGGCAAAGAAUGCAAUGAUAUUUUUGAAAAAGGUGGUAGAACAUCUCAGCUUUACUUAAUCCAACCCGAUACCUUCAAGCCACCUUACAAAGUUUACUGUGAUAUGAUAACUGAUGAAGGAGGAUGGACAUUGAUUCAGAACAGACAAGAUGGUAGUGUUGACUUUGGUAGAUCAUGGGAUGCCUAUAAAAAUGGAUUUGGAAACAUCGCAUAUGAUUCAGGAAAAGGUUUCUGUGAUACACCAGGUGAAUACUGGCUGGGAAAUGACCGCAUCAGUCAAUUGACAAAAGUGAAAACUACUGAGCUCCUUUUUGAAAUGCGUGACUGGAAUGAUGAUAGUGUGAAAGCUCACUAUUCCAAAUUUGUAGUACAGUCUGAAGUCAACAAAUAUCGGCUGUCAGUCAAUGGCUAUUCAGGUGUGGCUGGUAAUACUCUUAUGGAAGGAGCCAAAUCGCUCUUUGGAAUCAACCGAACCAUGACUAUACAUCAGGACAUGAUGUUCAGUACCUACGACAGAGACAAUGAUGGAUGGGAACCUGAAAAUCCAACAAAACAAUGUGCCAGAGAAGAUGGUGGUGGUUGGUGGUAUAAUAGGUGUCAUUCUGCAAAUCCCAAUGGUAGAUAUUACAUUGGUGGAGAAUAUACAAAAGAAGUGGCAAAGCAUGGCACUGAUGAUGGAAUCGUGUGGAUGGACUGGAAAGGAUCAUGGUAUUCACUGAAGAAGAUGAGCAUGAAGAUCCGGCCACAGUUCACUUCCACAGUGCCAGAUGGGGAGCAAAUACCUAUGCAGUUCCUAACACCCUGAUCCAUUUAUAUCUUUAUAGGAUAUGCAACUAAAAAGUAAAUAUUACAUGAGCUUCAGAUUGUCACUUUGGAUCUAGUUUUACAUUUAAUCUAUUUGUGAAUCAUGAAAAGAGAACGAUUAGUGACAUGUUUGUGAAUACUAAAAAUUAAUAAAUAUUGCACUUAAAAAUCUUACUUUGUUGAAUGGCAAAAAUUGUAAGAAAUUCUAAUUACGUACAUUUUUAGGGACUCUGAGGUUGGCCUUCAGAGUCGUGUACUGUAUAAUUACCCCUCUUCUAUUUCUUCAGUCUGCUCUAUGUUCCUCUCCUUUACAUUAGCUUCCUCGUAAUUUUUUACCAUAUCUUUAUCUUUUUUUCUUUUAAUAUUCCUCCUCUUGCUCCAACAUAGCAUCCAUCUUUUCCAUCCCCUCAUUCUCCACUUUUCCUGUUUCUGUUCUUCCACCUUUUCCACACUCCCCUUUCCUCUGCUGUUCUUACAGCAGAUCUAUAGAACAGUAAUUGUAAACAAGAUCAACAAGAGCAUAGAAGACAACACAAUGUGCAAAUGCAAAUAUAUA